AUGGAAACCGUCGUCGCCAUUCUCGCCGUCUUAUGUCUCUUAGCUCAGCUGACGGCCUCCGCUCUCGUAAGCACGCCAGGACCCGUCCAGGAGCCGUCGUCGACGGAUUCGGCAUCGUUGGUUUUGAUGCCGCCGUCCGACGCACUGCAGCUGCAAUCGACUGUCGUGCAAAACAAGAGUUCUAGACGCCACGAGACGGUGACGCCCUGCACGCCCUGCACGCCCCUGUUUGCUGCCCAUGUUGUCUCUUUUAGCCUGUAG